CCCAACAUCCUCAGCAAACCUAACUUGUAUCUUCUCUUCUCUAUUUCUCCUUUCACAUUGACAAAGAAAGAAGAAGCCAUGAUGAUCCCAUCAGAGAACAACUUCAUGAUCAACAACAACCCAUGUCCCUUUCCCUUUAAUAACAACAUCAUAACCACCAUGACUCAUAAUAACAACAACGGUUUCUUUGGCAACUUCCCCAUUUCACAAACCACUUACGAUUUUGUUCCCCAGCCAUCGUGUCUCCUCGGGUAUAACUCGACCUCAGAUGAAACCGAGGAGGAAUUACACCAGCAGCAGCCAGGAAUGGUUGACGAGAGGAAGAAGAGAAGGAUGAUCUCCAACAGGGAGUCGGCUAGGAGAUCGAGGAUGAGAAAGCAGAAGCAUCUUGAUGAACUUUGCUCACAGGUCAUGCGGUUGAGAAUGGAGAACCAAAACCUCAUCAAUAAGUUGAACCAUGUGGCUGAGUGCCAUGACAAGGUCCAAAGAGAGAAUACUAGACUCAAGGAAGAGGCUUCCGACCUUCACCAGAUGGUUUCGGACCUCGGAAUUGAUAGUAGUAGUAGUCCAUUCUCACUUCUAGUUGCGGAUCUUCUUGAGGAUGUUAACUGUAAUACCGCUCAUCUCAGAGCAGAGUCCUCCAACCAAAAAAGCAUGACAUCUUCAUCAAGUCUGCUUCACUGAGAAUCAUUUCUUAACUUUUUUGUUGUCAGCUUGUAUCUGUCUAAGUGAGAAAUAACUAUCUUAUGAACUCUGUUUUACCGCAUCAAAAUCAGUUAUCCAUAAUGAAUUCCAUUUUUCUUCUCA